GGCUUUCCAGGAAACACAAACGCAGAUAGUGUGGUCCACUACAGACUCCAGCCUCCCUUUGAAGCCCGGUUCCUGCGCUUCCUCCCCUUAGGCUGGAAUCCGAAGGGCAGGAUUGGGAUGCGGGUUGAAGUGUACGGAUGUGUAUACAGAUCUGAGAUGGUUAAUUUUGAUGGAAAAAGUUCCUUGCUGUACACAUUUAAUCAGGACACCAUGAAUCCAACAAAAGAUGUUUUUUCUUUGAAAUUUAAAACCAGGCAGAAUGGCGGGAUUCUACUCCACAGAGAAGGACAAAAUGGCAAACACAUCACCCUGAAGUUAGUUAAAGGAAAACUCAUCUUAUUACUUAAUUCAGGCAGUGCUAACUCACCCUCCCCUGACGCCAGUGUGACCCUCACCUUGGGCAGCUUGCUGGACGACCAGCAUUGGCAUCAUGUCCUCAUUGAAAUCCUGAACACGCAUGUCAGCUUCACCGUGGACAGGCACACUCAUCAUUUCCAGGCAAAGGGAGAGUCCAGCUACUUGGAUCUUGAUUAUGAGAUCAGCUUUGGAGGGAUUCCUGGACAUGGAAAAUCAGUGGUGUUCCCACAUAAAAAUUUUCAUGGCUGCUUUGAAAAUCUCUGUUAUAAUGGAGUGGAUAUCAUCGACUUGUCCAAGAAACACAAACCACAGAUCCUCAUCAUGGGAAACGUGUCCUUCUCGUGUUCAUACCCUCAAACUGUCCCCGUGACUUUUCUGACCUCCAGGAGUUACUUGGCUCUGCCAGACAUCUCUGGAAAGGACAAAGUGUCUGUCACUUUCCAAUUCCGAACGUGGAACAGAGCAGGACUGUUGCUGACCAGUCAGUUUCAGCAUGAAUCAGGGGCUUUCACCCUUGUCCUUCAUGAUGGAAAGCUCAAACUGAGUGUCUUGCAGCCUGGACGUUCAGCAAGGGAUGUCACAGCAGGUACUGGAUUGAAUGAUGGGCAAUGGCACUCUGUGUCCUUGUCUGCUAAAGGGAGUCAUCUGAAUGUGAUGGUGGAUGGUGCGGCAGCUUCCAUGGCCCAUUUCCUGAGUGGGCAGAUUGAUCUGGGCGACAACUAUUAUUUGGGGGGCUGUCCCAGCAACAUCUCUAGCUCUGGAUGUGGAAGUUCCCUGGGGGGAUUUCAGGGCUGCCUGAGGCGCAUCUCUAUUGGCAACAAGGCAGUGGAUCCUGUCUCAGUACAACAGGGGGCACUGGGAAGUUUUCGUGAUCUCCUGAUUGACUCCUGUGGCCUCACAGACAGGUGUCUGCCCAGCUUCUGUGAACACGAGGGUGAAUGUUCCCAGUCCUGGGACUCCUUCUCCUGUAACUGCGCACACACUGGUUAUGCGGGCGCAACCUGCCAUUCCUCUCUCUACAAGCAGUCAUGUGAAGCCCACAAGUACAGAGGGGACUCUUCAGGGCUCUACUAUAUCGACUCAGAUGGAAGUGGCCCUUUGGGACCAGCUCUUGUUUAUUGCAACAUGACAGAUGCAGCAUGGACCUCAGUGCAGCACAAUGGCUCCCACUUGGCCAGGGUCAAAAGCUCGAAUGAAGAAAACCCCCCUCCUGUGGUUUUCAAGUACAGGGCCAGCAUGGACCAGCUCCAGGCCAUAACCAACCGUGCGAACCGCUGCCAACAGGAGCUGGCUUUCCACUGCAAGAAGUCAAGGCUUUCACCUCACCAUGAUGGAACCCCAGUGAGCUGGUGGGUUGGAAGAACCAAUGAAACACACACUUACUGGGGAGGUUCUCUGCCUGAUGCUCAAAAGUGUACUUGUGGAUUAGAGGGGAACUGCAUUGAUUCUCAAUAUUACUGCAACUGUGAUGCUGACCGGAAUGAAUGGACCAGCGACACUGUCGUCCUUUCCUGUAAGGAGCACUUGCCAGUCACUCGGGUUGUGAUGACAGACGCAGGCCGACCACACUCCGAAGCAGCCUACACACUGGGGCCUCUGCUCUGCCAGGGGGACA